UGAGAAUAUGCUCCAUUCAAGAACCUAGGCACCAGGUCUUCUGUCAAGAGACACCCUUGGGUAUUUUUUUUCACUGCGAUUCGCUCCGUGUUGUGACCGUCAGUGCCUCCGCCUGCUGCCUUCCCCACAAUUCGACCUCAACAUAUCUCAAACGCUGGUCCAGCUCGCCCCUUCAUAUAUCAGGGCUGCCUUGACGUUCCAAAUAUCUUUUCUUCAUCCUUCCAUCCAUCUCAUCCAAGUCCCUCGGCGUUCCUGUUGAUCUGUAUCACGUUUCAACAUGCCUUCCUCCCAACCCACUGCCGGCCACCUGGCCGUCAAGCCUGAAUUUCAAUCCUCCCAACCCUCUCCAAUGGCGAAACCCACCGAGCCCAACCGAAACGCCGCCUAUGACCCCAAGAAGGUCCAUAUCACCGAGACCCCAAUGACACGGUCAAACUGGUACAAGCACGUCAACUGGCUCAACGUCUACCUCAUCGUUGGAAUUCCUCUCUAUGGCUGUGUCCAAGCCUUCUGGGUCCCACUCCAAGCAAAGACUGCCAUCUGGGCUGUUUUGUACUAUUUCGCCACCGGUUUGGGCAUCACCGCCGGCUAUCACAGAUUGUGGGCACAUACCUCUUACUCAGCUACUCUCCCUCUCCGAGUCUUCCUCGCUGCCGUCGGUGGUGGUGCCGUCGAAGGAUCGAUCAGAUGGUGGGCCAGAGACCACCGAGCUCAUCAUCGUUAUACCGACACUGAAAAAGAUCCUUACUCCGUUCGAAAGGGUCUCUUAUACUCCCAUUUCGGGUGGAUGCUGAUGAAGCAAAACCCUAAGCGCAUUGGACGAACUGACAUCUCCGAUCUCAACGAGGAUCCUGUCGUCAUCUGGCAACACAAGAACUAUCUCAAGGUUGUCCUUUUCAUGGGUCUAGUCCUGCCAACCAUUGUUGCCGGUCUUGCAUGGGGUGAUUGGUGGGGUGGCUUCGUCUAUGCUGGAAUCCUUCGAAUCUUCUUCGUCCAACAAGCCACCUUCUGCGUCAACUCCUUGGCCCAUUGGCUUGGAGACCAGCCCUUUGACGACCGCAACUCUCCUCGUGACCACGUCAUCACUGCAUUGGUCACUCUGGGUGAAGGAUAUCACAACUUCCACCAUGAGUUUCCCUCGGACUACCGCAAUGCCAUCGAAUGGCACCAGUAUGACCCCACGAAGUGGUCCAUUUGGGUCUGGAAGCAACUCGGUCUCGCAUAUGACCUGAAACAAUUCCGCAGCAACGAGAUUGAAAAGGGUCGUCUCCAGCAGCUGCAAAAGAAGCUCGACCAGAAGCGUGCCAAACUUGAUUGGGGUAUUCCCCUUGAUCAACUCCCCGUCAUGGAGUGGGAUGACUUUGUCGACCAAGCCAAGAAUGGACGCGGCCUUGUUGCCAUUGCUGGUAUUGUUCAUGACGUGACUGAUUUCAUCAAGGAUCAUCCUGGUGGAAAGGCCAUGAUCAACUCAGCCCUUGGCAAAGAUGCCACUGCCAUGUUCAACGGUGGUGUUUAUAUGCACAGUAACGCUGCCCACAACCUGCUGUCGACCAUGAGAGUGGGCGUCAUUCGUGGUGGCUGUGAAGUCGAGAUCUGGAAACGGUCACAACAGGAAGCAAAGGGAGAGGUGCCCCGAGACAGCUCAGGUGAGCGGAUUGUGAGGGCUGGCUAUCAGCCAACCAAAGUCCUCCAAAAUGUCACCACAGCUGGUGCGGCAUAGAGGCUGAAGAGACGACACGAAACUGAAUGUUAUAUACUAGCGACCUGUAUUUCGUUUGGCGUUUGGGUUACGACAAACAAGGCUGGACUCACACCGCACGUUCACACCUAAUUCGAGCAGGCGGCGUGUUCCAGAAGAAAUUGAUUAUUUACAAAGUAGACAUCACUCUCAAUGACAAAGAGCUUCGAUGAUUGCUGCAGAGCACCCAUAUACCCAAGAUGAAAUGAAUGAAAAUUGCCAUGCUCUAAUCCAAA